AUGCCUUGGCACUUUGUUAGACACUAUCUACCUAAAGAUGAUAGUAGUAGUAGUAACGACAGAGAAAAGAUACUACCCUUAAGAAAAAAAAGAGUGGUCACUCAAUACUGUCAUCAUCGUAAUGCAACAUUGGAUACACUUGUACAUCUAUUGAAAUGGUCUAAAUAUGACAUUGAUUGGGUGUACUUGACAGGAAAUAACAUUGAAAUAAGAAAUCAAGAGAUAUUGGAGUAUCUCAUCAAUCGAUAUCAAGCUGCUGAUGGAGACAAGGAUGACUUUCUCAUUAGUCUUCUUGUAGCUGGUAAUGUCUCCAUUCCAACGGGUUAUGGUCUUGUCGUCACAUACCCAAAUAUCUUGAGCUACUUGAGAGAUUAA